UACGUACAUUGUUAGUAACCUACGACGAUAACUACAAUGGUAUGCGCUGACUCUUUCUAUUUCCUUCGUUUUCCUGUAGCUGUAGCUAGCUGCAGCCAUGAGCAUGCUCAGGCUCCAGAAGCGCCUGGCGUCAAGCGUCUUGCGCUGUGGCAAGAAGAAGGUGUGGCUGGAUCCCAAUGAAACCAAUGAGAUUGCCAAUGCAAACUCCCGCCAGCAGAUCCGUAAACUGGUGAAAGAUGGAUUGAUAAUCCGAAAACCAGUGACUGUUCAUUCCCGUGCCCGUUGUCGCAAAAACACACUGGCACGCCGCAAGGGACGUCACACUGGUUACGGUAAGAGAAAGGGUACAGCCAAUGCUCGUAUGCCAGAGAAGGUGGUGUGGAUGCGACGCAUGAGAAUCCUCCGUCGCCUUCUUCGUCGCUACAGGGAGUCUAAAAAAAUUGACAGGCACAUGUACCACAGUCUGUACCUGAAAGCCAAGGGUAAUGUCUUCAAAAACAAACGCAUUCUGAUGGAGCACAUCCACAAACUGAAGGCAGAUAAGGCUCGCAAGAAGCUCCUUGCUGACCAGGCCGAAGCUCGUCGCACAAAGACAAAGGAGGCCCGUAAACGCAGAGAGGAGCGCCUCCAGGCCAAGAAAGAAGAAAUCAUCAAAAACUUGUCAAAGGAGGAGGAAACUGCAAAGAAAUGAAUGCAAACAAAUUUUGUUCAUUGACAGAAUUCCCCUUUUGUUGCUAAUAAAUUUGGAUAAAAAUAUAA